GAAGACAAGAAAUUGUUGGUUUCAUGAUGGAAAUCCAUCUAGUACUCAUCCAUCCCUAAAAUGGAUGGGCCCCACUUAAUUGGGUGCAAAGAAAAAGUUCAAUUUGAGUUGGUGGGGGGUGAAAUAGCGAUUGUAUGUAAUGUAUAAUGUGUGUAUGGUGGGUUAAAAUCUUUUUUUGGUCACCAUCUCAACAACUUAGGUAAAUUAUUUCCUUUUCCAAUUUUUCAAUUUUGUUACAAUUAUAUUUACUUUUUAUCCUUAUAUAUAUAUCCUAAUUUCUAAAGUUGGCAAAUAUAUAGAUAAGGCAAAUUGGUAAAUAGUCGUCAUCAUUAGGCGCGGUAGGUAAACCCCCCCCUUCAACAUUAUUAUAUAAUAACCCUCCAAUUUCAUUUCUUUCUUUCUAAAACUUAAUCCACUUAUAACAAUUCCUCCACCACCACCACCACCAUCGCCGCCGCCACUUUCCGCCGGAGUACAAUUCAUCAAGAUCCUGCAAGAAAAAUAUUAUAAAAAAAAUAUAUAUAUAUUUCUCGUAUUUUUUUUCGUUAAUCAGAACGUGGGAUUUUUUUUUUUUUUUUUUACCACCAUGAAAAUCGACGUGAAGCGAUCGGCGCUGGUGCGGCCUGCGGCGGCGACGCCGGCGGUCAGCCUGUGGAACUCCAACGUUGAUCUGGUGGUGCCCAACUUCCACACACCCAGCGUCUACUUCUACCGCCCAACCGGGGCGGCCGACUUCUUCGACGCCGCCGUGCUGAAGGCGGCGCUCGGCCGCGCACUGGUGCCGUUCUACCCAAUGGCGGGGCGGCUGAAGAGGGACGAGGACGGGCGGAUCGAGAUCGACUGCAACGCGGAGGGGGUGCUGUUCGUGGAGGCGGAGUCCGAUGGGCAGGUGGACGAGUACGGAGAUUUUGCUCCGACGCUGGAGCUCCGCCGCCUGAUUCCGGCGGUGGACUACACGCAGGGGAUUUCGACGUAUCCGCUGCUGGUGUUACAGGUGACACAUUUCAAAUGCGGCGGCGUUUCCUUAGGCGUGGGAAUGCAGCACCACGUGGCCGACGGAUUCUCGGGUCUCCACUUCAUCAACGCAUGGUCCGAUAUGGCUCGAGGGCUACCUCUCGCCCUCGAGCCAUUCAUCGACCGGACCCUCCUCCGGGCCCGCGACCCCCCUCAGCCGCAGUUCAAGCACAUCGAGUACCAGCCUCCGCCGGCAAUGAAAUCCGCCGCCACUCCCACUCCUCAGCCCACCUCAGGCGGCGGCAAAGCCGCGCCCCCUGCCGAAGAAGCCGCCGUCUCGAUUUUUCGGCUGACUCGGGACCAAGUCGUCGCCCUCAAGGCGAAGUCAAAGGACGGCGGCAACACAGUCAGCUACAGCUCGUACGAGAUGCUCGCGGGCCUUAAUAACGACGGGAGCUUGUCGGUGGCGAUUUCUCUGCAGGCAGAGCAUAUGAAGGUUUUCGAGAAGCUGCUCUAUGACAUUUGAUGUGUAUGUAUAUAUACAUAUGUAGUAUGUUCGGACAAGUUUUGUGUCGGAAAAAAACUUAAGCCUGUUAAAGAAUUUGGGAUAUGCCUAAACUCUGUUUUCAUCCUGUUUUUCUUACCAGGGUUUUAGCUAAUAAUUAACAAUUUAUAAGCAAAUUUUUAUCUAAUAUGAUGUAGCUUUCUCUACCUUGGCAACAUUUCAAAUCCAAUUAUUGAAAGUAUUUUGGUC